AUGAAGCUGAACAUUGUCUCUAUUGCUGGCAUGCCGGGUGUAGGUAAGACAACUCUGGCCAUGAAAGUCUGUAAUGAUCCCUCAGUUCAAUGUCACUUUAUUAAACGUGCUCGGUGUUAUGUUUCACAAGUAUACAGAAGAAGAGAUCUGUUGCUUGAUAUUUUGAGGAAUGUUAUUGGUAUUGAUCAGGUCGCAAUUUCUAAAAAGGAUGAUGAUGAAAUAGCUAAUCAACUCCGACAAAGUUUAAAAGGACGAAAAUACCUAAUUGUUAUGGAUGAUGUCUGGAACCUUGGGGCUUGGGAUGCUGUAAAAUAUUCACUUCCAGAUGAUAGCAACGGAAGUAGAAUUUUGUUCACAAGUCGGAAUCACAAGUUGGCUGAAAUGUCUGGACUUCCGUUCCAUGUUCAUCCCCUUAAUGAACUUUCUAGUGAUAAAAGUUGGGAUCUUUUACAAAAGAAGGUGUUUCACAGUGAUGGCUGCCCUACAAAAUUCUCAGACAUUGGGAAAAAAAUUGCAAGAAAUUGCAAAGGACUACCUCUGGUAAUUGCUGUCGUUGCAGGUCUCCUUGAAAUGAAAAAGAAUGAUAUACAUUGGUGGAAGCAAAUUGAGAAAAGUACAAAUUCUCGCAUUAGUACUGAAGGAUGUAUGGACAUACUGGAACUCAGCUACAAUUAUCUACCCGAUACAUUAAAAGCUUGCUUUCUUUAUUUUGCAGCAUUUAGGCAAGGUGAAGUAAUUAGUGUGCGGAAGUUGAUGCUAUUAUGGAUUGCUGAAGGACUUCUGCAACCUGAGAAGAGGAGCUUAGAAGCAGUGGCAAAGGAGACUUUUUUGGAGCUAAUCGAUAGAAGCCUAGUGAUUGUUACUAGCAGAAGUUCCAAAGGUGGGAUAAAAGCUUGUCGUGUCCAUGAUCUAUUGCACUAUUUCUGCCGGGAAAAAGCUAAAGAAGAAAGGUUUUUACAUGUUGUGGAGAGGACCGAGGUAUCUCAUUGUUUCUCAAGUCCCAUAAGGUUUGACCAAUACAGAUUGUGCUUGUAUUCUGAAUGGGAAACUUUGAUCAAAUCAAAACCUUCCCGUCCAAAUGUCUCCUCACUACUGCUAUUUGCUGAUGCUAAAGAAUCAACCCCUACUUCUGUUGCCUCCCAAAUUUUUCAGAGUUUAAAACUUCUUAAAGUAUUGAAUUUGGAGAGCAUCAAUUUGGAUUGCCCUUUUCCUGAGGAAAUAGUAUUAAUAGUACAUUUGAGAUACCUAGCAAUUCGGGGGAACAUUACAACUGUUCCAUCAUCUAUAUCCGACCUCUGGAACUUAGAAACCUUUGUUCUUCAAGGUUCAUAUGAUUUUGUUCAAUUACCAGAUACCAUAUGUAAAAUGAAAAGUUUAAAACAUGUAUUUGUCAGUAAAAGGGCUGUUGUCUCUCUGGGUGAUAUGGAGCUUGAGGAAUCCUCUCAAUUAAAUAAUGUGGAGACAUUUUCUUCCUUGUCUCUUGAUCAACGAGCAGAUUCAUGGAUGCUAUUGAGAAGGUUCCCUAAACUUCGGAAACUGAGAUGUGUAUUCACAGAAUCAGAGGACUAUACUACGAAGGGUAUUCAGUUUCCCCUAUUGGCUCUCUUAAAAGAUCUGGAAUCACUAAAAAUGUCUACUUAUGGCUCUGGGCAAGUGUUCUAUAGUUGGAUGCGCGUACAGUUUCAGGGAUUUGACUUGCCCUCAACUCUUAAGAAACUCACCUUGCAUAAGUUUGGCCUACCCUGGAGAGCGGUAUCAGAAUUGGGGAAGCUUCCCUGUCUUGAGGUUUUGAAAUUAAGAGAACAAGCCUUUCGAGGACAAAGAUGGGAAGUGGAAGAUGAGCAGUUCUUGAACCUGAAAUUCUUAGAAUUAUCCAAUUCAGAGAUUGAAGAAUGGAAUGUCUCCACUGAAUCAUUUACCUGCCUUCAGCAGCUUGUCGUAGGAGAUUGUUCCAGACUUGAGGAGAUCCCUUCAAUUUUUUGGCGAAAUUUCUACCUUGACAAUCAUUCGCUUGCAUCGCUGCAGCAACCAAGUUAA